AUGCCCCAAGGAGGAGCAGCAGCACGCAAAGCUGCCAAGCCCCAGGGGCCCCAGGACCAGGGAUGGGCAUGGAUGGUGCUGCUCGCCGCAGUGCUGCUGCAGGGGCUGACGCUGGGCUUCCCCUCCUGCAUCGGCGUCUUCUUCACGGACCUCCAGCAGGAGUUCCAGGCCACCAACAGCCAGACGUCGUGGUUCCCGUCCAUCAUGGUGGCCGUGCUGCACGGGGGUGGGCCCCUCUGCAGCAUCUUGGUGAAGCGAUUUGGCUGCAGGUUUGCAGUGAUGCUGGGAGGCCUGCUCAGCAGCGUGGGCAUGGUGUCCAGCUCCUUCUGCAAGUCCAUCAGCCAGCUGUACCUAACAGCUGGCCUCAUCACUGGUCUGGGAUCGUGCUUCAGCUUCCAGGCAGGAGUGACUGCACUGGGCUACUACUUUGUACGGUGGAGGACUCUGGCCAAUGCCAUGGCAUCCACCGGCGUCUCUCUUGGCUUCACCCUGUGGCCACUGCUUUCUCAGUACUUGCUGGAUGAGAUGGGCUGGAGAAACACCUUUCUCAUCUUUGGAGGAAUACUAUUGAACUGUUGUGUCUGUGGAGCCAUCAUGAGACCAGUUCAGCUUACAUCAGGGUCACUACUACAGCCCCCCAAGCCUGGAGAGGAUGCAGGGGGAAGAGCAGAAGAUACACAGCUGUCCAACGGAGCAUCUUCUCCCCACCCCGAGCUCCGGCAGCAGACCAGGAGGACUGCCUGCUUCCAGAUGCUGCAGAAGUACCUGGCUUUUGACAUCUUCUGCCAAAACAAAGGUUACCAGAUUUACACUAUUGGAGUGACCUGGAUGAUGAUGGGGUUUGCAUUACCCCACGUCUACCUCGUGCCUUACGCCAUCCAGAACGGGGUGGAGGAACGCCGGGCAGCCCUCCUCAUCUCCGUCAUCGGCUUCAUCAACAUCUUCAUACGGCCCUGCACAGGGCUGCUCUCAGGACACAGAGUUUUCACAGGAAGACGCAUCUACCUGUUCAGCCUGGCUGUGCUCCUCUGCGGGCUCAGCAACUUCAUCUGUGUCAUUUCAGCCGAGUUCAGCGUGCUCAUCACCUACUGCGUCAUCCUCAGCAUCGCCAUGAGCGGCAUCGGGGCACUCACCUUCCAGGUGCUGAUGGAUGUGGUGGAGAUGGACAGGUUCUCAAGUGCUCUAGGGCUCUUCACCAUCCUGGAGAGUAUCACUCUCCUCAUUGGACCCCCUCUCACAGGUCUGCUGGUAGAUAUAACUAGUGAUUUCCACUAUGUCUUCUACAACUCCAGCUUCUUCCUGAUAUCAGCUGCAUUAUUCAUGGGGCUCAGCUUCUGUGCUCUGGAAAAGAAAAACAAACUGAAAGAGGCUUCAAAAGUACCUCUGGAUAAUCCCUCCAGACAUCAAUACAGCGAAAUGCCGACUGAAACACUGCCUGAAAGUCAGUCCCCUCCAGCAGUCGUGUACAUCACAAGCAUAUGA